UAGCGUCCGUUUCAAAUCCCACAACUCGGAGAAACCGAGCGAGUCUGACUCUGAGUCAUCCCCGAGUCAACUCGAAACUCGGUUUUUCUUCUCUCCGCCAUGGCUGCUUCUUCACUCCACACUUCAAUCUCUCCACGUAGCUUCCUCUCUCUCUCGAAACCGUCCCUGAAACCUCACCGCUCCCAAAUUUUCCUGAGAAACAAACAGAGAGACUUUGUUUCGCGCGCGUUGAUCCAUGAUGAAAUAGAUGUGAUUCCUGUUCAGAGCCGAGAUCGUACGGACCACGAGGAAGGUUCGGUGGUGGUGAUGAGCACUGAGACGGAGAAAGAUGUGAACGAAUCUGUGGUUGUUGGAUUCGGCGGUGCGACGAGCGAAGGUCGGCUUUCGUUGGAAGGGUUUUCUUCUUCUUCUUCGGCAGCUGAUUUGGGAGACGAGAGGAGGAGUGAGAGCGAAGAGAUGGAGAAGAUGAUUGAUCGGAGCAUCAACGCCACUAUUGUUUUAGCUGCUGGUACUUACGCCAUUACCAAAUUGCUCACCAUCGAUCAUGAUUAUUGGCAUGGUUGGACACUGUUUGAGAUUCUAAGAUACGCUCCUCAACAUAAUUGGAUUGCUUACGAAGAAGCAUUAAAGAGAAACCCGGUUCUUGCGAAAAUGGUCAUAAGUGGAGUUGUGUAUUCUGUAGGAGAUUGGAUAGCUCAGUGUUACGAAGGCAAACCGUUGUUUGAGAUUGAUAGGGCAAGAACGUUGAGAUCAGGACUAGUGGGUUUCACUCUCCAUGGCUCUUUGUCUCAUUUCUAUUACCAGUUCUGCGAGGAGCUUUUCCCUUUUCAAGAUUGGUGGGUGGUUCCUGUUAAGGUCGUUUUUGAUCAAACCGUGUGGUCGGCUAUAUGGAACAGUAUUUACUUCACGGUUCUUGGGUUUCUGCGUCUUGAAUCGCCUCUCAGCAUCUUUAAAGAACUUAAAGCUACCUUCUUGCCUAUGUUAACAGCAGGGUGGAAGCUUUGGCCUUUUGCUCAUUUGAUCACAUACGGUUUGGUUCCUGUAGAACAACGACUACUCUGGGUUGAUUGCGUGGAGCUUAUUUGGGUCACUAUACUUUCGACUUACUCAAACGAGAAAUCAGAAGCUAGAAUCUCUGAGUCUGUUGUUGAUACAUCCAUUGAUCCCUCCAAGGACUGAGAAAGAAGUAUGCCAGAACGGGUUUUAUCGUCAUCGUAUUGUAUAUACAUAUACAGAGUUAGCCAAAUAGAGGGUCCAGAGAUUUGAGAUUGUUACAGAACAUAUGAAAAUAAUAUUCAAAUUUCAAAUGGAUGGAUCUCUAUGUGUAAGAAAAAUGACCAGAAUCUUGAAUACACCACAUAAACAUUUUUAUUCGAUCCCUAUUGAGAUUAGAAGUUCACAUAACAUGAAG